AUGUACAUAUAUACAUAUAUAUAUAUAUAUAUAUAUACAUAUAUAUAUAUAUGUAAACCAAAUGCAACUAUUGCAGGGAUCCCAUUUCAUAUGGACUGCAGCCGUGAGACCGACGAAUUCAGCAAAACCAACUGCAGCGAUUGGGCAGCCGCUGGAUACUGCAUGACAAAUAAUGCUACACGAUUCUUAUGGUGCCGUAAAACAUGCUUGUGUCUCGGUCCACCGAUAAAACCCUGA